GAUGGACAAGUCCAGCCGCGUGUGUCGACCCCAGAGUCUCAGUGAAUCCUCCAAGGUGGAGUUGGUAGGGGUGUCCUACAUCGGUCUGAAGGCUGUGGUGGACUUCCUGUACAGUGGAGAGCUGCUGUUAGAUGGAGGAACCAUUGACUGUGUACUGGAAGCAGCACACCUUCUGCAGCUGUGGCGAGCUGUGGAUUUCUGCUGCCAGUACCUGGAGCGGGAGGUGAAUGAGGAGAACUACCUGUACCUCCAGGAACUGGCUCAGGUCUACAGUCUGGAGCGGCUCGAUGUCUUCAUUGAUCACUUCAUCCUCGCACGUUUCUCCACACUCUCUUUCACUACUGACUUUCUUCUAAGUAUUCCGUUGCACAAACUCACUUCCUACCUCUCUUGUGGCCAGGUUCAGCACGACAGCGAGCAGGCUCUACUGCAGGCCACCCUGCAGUGGCUCACUCAGAACCCUGAGCGGACCUCAUACGCCCAACAGCUGCUCUCCCACAUUCGAUUCCCCCUGAUGCCGGUGGGGGACCUCAUGACCCAGGUGCUCCCAGCGGUGCAAGCUCUGCUGCCCAAAGAACCCGGCUGUGAGGCCCUGGUAGAGGAGGCACUGGAAUACCAUGCCAAGCUGAGUGCUCAACCACUUCUCCAAACUGAACGGACCAUGCUGAGGGGAGGAGUGGAGCAGCUGCUGCUCAUUGGAGGAGAGGUGUUUGAGCGGGGAGAAGACCUGAGUGGCACCGUUUGUUGGCUGGAUAGUGAGACAGGAAGCUGGGAGUUGGAGACUGAGCUGCCAGCACAGAGGAGCCACCACUGCUUAGCAGUACUGGGGGGCUUCAUUUUUGCUGCUGGUGGCAGCUCAUCGAGGGACAACGGAGGAGAUGCUGCUUGUAACCUGCUGUACAGAUACGACCCACGCCACAAUCAGUGGACCAAGGGGGCUCCAAUGAACCAGCAGAGGGUAGACUUUUACCUGGGGACUGUGGGAGAGUGCCUCAUUGCAGUGGGAGGGAGGAACGGCACCGGAGCUUUGUGCUCUGUGGAGGUUUACUAUCCUGCAGAGGACUGCUGGUCCUACGUAGCACAACUACCCAGGUUCACUUACGGACAUGCUGGUACAGUCCACCAAGGCGUCGUCUACAUCUCAGGUGGUCACGACUAUCAGAUCGGUCCAUACCGCCAAGAUGUCCUGAGUUACGACCCGUCGCGGGACGGUGAGGUUUGGGUGGAAUGCCAGCCCAUGUCUUAUGCCCGAGGGUGGCACUGCAUGGCCUCCCUCAACAACCUCAUCUAUGCAAUUGGAGGCAGCGACGAUCAUGCGGACACCUCUGAGCGCUUCGACAUCUUGCAGGUGGAGUCCUACAACCCACAAGGCGGCCAGUGGACUCAGGUGGCUCCGCUGCUGCUGCCCAACAGUGAGGCGGGGCUGGCGGUCUGGGCAGGAAAGAUUUAUGUGCUCGGCGGCUACAGCUGGGAGAGCAUGGCAUUCUCCAGAGUCACUCAAGUGUAUGACCCUGAUAAGUGCUCAUGGUCCAGAGGGUCGGACCUGCCCAAACGUAUUGCGGGGGCAUCAGCAUGUGUGUGCACCGUUAAACCUUCACCUCAGUCAGCUUCUGUGGAGAAAAGGAAAAUGGGGCGUGUGGUGAAUGGAAGAUUACAGCCCUCUCAGUAGUAAAGAGGGAGACUUUUGACUUCACAAAGCUCCUGAUACCCUCACGGGGACAUCAUUGUUUUGGUUCGCCUCCUAAACUGAUCUGAACCUUUGCAGUAUCAAAGUAGAGAAGGAAAAGGGCAAAUAGGAUUAAAAACAAAUGUAACGCCUUAAAAUCACUUUGCUGACCAAAACAAAUUGUGAUGGAUAUUGUGCAUG